CCUAGUCGUUCAUUCAGAUAUAAGAUUUUAUUGUGCCUUUCGCAUCAGUCUUUUCAACUCAAUAUUACAACUGCCUGUGAUCAUCCACGCUUACAUUCCCAUUGGCACCGGGCCAACUGAACCCUACGAACCGCAGAUUUCCUUAAUUAUCUUUAAUAUGUCGGCCGAUCAAGAGUUUGAAUUCAAACAGUGGCUCUCCAGGAGCUGCCAUCCUAUCAUAGAUGGCAUGGAUACUGCGUACGGUUAUCAGCCGUCGCUGGCUGCAGGCGUCGUCUUCCUUGUUCUUUUUGGUCUCUCGAUGAUCGUUCACACAAUCCAGUUUACGUGGAAAAGAACCUGGUGGUGUGCUGUCUUCAGUAUUGGUUGUCUGACGGAGGUCCUAGGCUGGGCUGGACGUACCUGGUCCUCAGAAUGUCCCUACAAUAUGACAGCCUUCCUGAUGCAAAUAUCCACCCUAAUCAUCGCUCCCACAUUCUUCACAGCAGGUAUUUACGUCCUCCUUGGCCGCUUCAUCCAAAUCCUCGGCCGCGACUCCUCCAUCCUCAGCCCGAAAAUGUACCUCUGGAUCUUCUGCACCUGCGACGUCAUCUCGCUCGUCAUCCAAGCCAUAGGCGGCGGCAUCGCCUCCGCCGAAACGAACAAGGAAGACGGCGACACAGCUCCCGGCACCCAUAUCAUGGUCGCUGGUAUCGUCUUCCAACUGUUCUCGAUUACCGUCUUCGUCGCCUGCGCCGCCGAUUUUGUCCGCCGCGUCCUCCGCCGUCGUCUUCUGCAGAACAUGAGCGGAUCCAUCACCCCCUUAUUCGCCGCUAUGGUCUUCUCCGUGCUCUGUAUCUACGUCCGAAGCAUCUACCGUACCAUCGAGUUGUCGCAGGGUUGGACUGGGUAUCUGAUUACCCGGGAGAAGUACUUCAUUGCGCUUGAUGGCGCGAUGAUGGUGGCUGCUGUUGGCGUGUUCAAUAUCUUCCAUCCUGGCUGGUUGAUGCCGAGUACCAAGGCCAUGCAGUAUGACCGGGAGAUAAUGUCUGAGGAUGGCUAUGGCCAUACUACUGAACUUCGGUGAAGUACUGCGUUCCUUUAUCCUUUCCUUUUCUUUUUUGUUUUUACGUCUUGGUUGGAGUCAGCAUUGUUGUUUUUCUUGUAUAGCGAGUGCUUAGAUUCUAG